GCAGGGAUGAUGAGCUACAGUGUGCAGGGAUGAUGAGCUGCUGUGUGCAGGGAUGAUGAGCUACAGUGUGCAGGGAUGAUGAGCUGCUGUGUGCAGGGAUGAGCUGGUGAACUGCAGGGAUGAUGGAGCAGAGCGCAUUAGUGUCUGAAAUGCUGGCGCAGAAGCAGCCGGAGCGGAUCAGCCUGGACGUGGACGCGGUGACGGAGCUCCUGCGCUUUCCGGAUGUCGAUGAAAACAGCGCAGACGGAUUGGAUCUCAGAUGUGUGGAGGAGCUAGUCUCCGACUUCGACGAGAAGUUAAACGCGUGCUUUGGAAACGUGGACGCUAAAGCCGAGCUGAUCGAUGGCGUGAAUCCUCUGACAGAGAGCACUGUGUUAAAAAACGACGAGAUCUGGAAGGCUCUGACUGAUAACUACGGAAAUGUCAUGCCAGUGGACUGGAACCAGUCUCGCACCCGCUCACUUCACCUCCCCGUGCUGAACAUUGAGGACACGCCAAGGGUGGAUAACGUGACUCUGGAUGUGUCUGAUGAAGAAGAGCUGAGAGAACAGAUGGAUAUGCACUCCAUCAUUGUGUCCUGCAUUAAUGACGAGCCUUUCCUCACUGCAGAACAGGUGAUUGAGGAGAUCGAAGAGAUGAUGCAGGACUCUCCAGACAUGCAGGCAGAGCAGUACCCUACUCAGUCAAACCUGAUCCACAGAGCCACUGAUCACAGCUAUGAGGAGAGAAUAAGGAAUCUCAGUGUUGCAGAGCUGAAUGAGUUAUUGGACGAGGUGGAGACGGCAAUCCGUCACUAUUCUGAGGAGCUCGUGCAGCACCUGGCUCUUAGAGACGAGCUCGACUUUGAGAAGGAAGUGAUGAACUGUUUCAUCUCUGUGCUGCUUGAUGUACAGAAUCUCCAGAAGGAGCACAAAGAACUCCUGAAAAAGAAGAAGAAGGUGAAGAGUGGAGUCAGGGAGCAGAACGGCAGACUACACAGAUUACCUGCAAGUCGCUUCAGCAUGGAGAGCAUCUCUACUGCUAUUCAAAAUAGCUUUCGCCAAACUUUCGGGAAUAUGGGAGGGGAGAAACAGUACCUCACUACAGUCAUUCCUUAUGAGAAGAAAAAUGUGCCUCCGUCAGUCGAAGAUCUUCAGGUUCUCACAAAAAUUCUUCAAGCCAUGAAGGAUGACAGUGACAAAGUGCCCAGUCUUUUAACAGACUACAUCCUUAAAGUGCUUUGCCCUUCCUAAUUGGGGAAGUGAAGAAUUUGUUGAUAAAAGACUGAAUUUCCACAACGUGAAGGAUUUCCAGAUGGAUGUUGUUACUGUGAAUUCAUUUCUACUCUGCUUACCCCUGUUUACACCUCUGUCCCAUUGCUCGAAUGUCUGCAGGUAUCAAGAGAUUAUGUUUCCAUUUGCUACAUGAUCACUGUUUAUGAGGUAAUGGUUUAUUAUUUUACUGAAUUUCAUGUUAUGCUCCAUGCUGUAGUAUGGCGUGUUCAACUCAAACAAAUCUCUAAAGUGUAAUUUUUUUUCAAUGAAAGUGCUCUUAUAACCACCCCUUGCAACAAAGGUAUGUUUCACCUUAGUCCUGAUUUACAGCCAGUGCAUACAGAAUGAUUUCUUGAGCCGUGUGUGUGUGUGUGUGUAUGUGUGUGUGUGCGGCUUGAUGUUUCACUGUUGUGUUGUCUAAGGGGUGUUUUAGUUCCAAUCCUAAGGGUUGAACAGUUUUUAUGUAUCCUGCAAACGUGUUAAAUAAGUGUUGCUGUUCUCAAAUGUCAUAUUCAUUCAGAGAAAAAGAAUGAAAUUAAUACACUAACAAAAUUCACUUCUAACUUUUUAGGCAGCUGUUGAUAUUUUUUGCUGAGACUUAUUUGGAUCUUAACAUCCUAAUGUCAAAUUGAGACUAACAAAUGAUUGUGGAGUGACAUGGUGGCGUAGCGAGUAGCAUUGCCACGUGACAGCUUCAGUGUCCCUGGUUCAGGUUACUGUCUGCUCAGUGUUUCGCAUGUUUCAUCUGGGUUCUCCAGUUUCCUCCCACUCUCAGAAGAACAUGUCAGUAGGUUAAUUGGCUACUCUAAAUUGCCUCUCUGUCUGAAUGUGUGUGUGCAUGAUGCCCUGUGAUGACCUGGUGUCCCAUCCAGGGUGUAUUCUGACACUCAGUGUUCCCAGGUUUGGCGCCGUAUUGACCAGGAAUAAAUGCUUACUGAAGACGAAUGAAUGAAUAAUAUUAGCAGAAUUAUUUCCCUUAUAAUUUUCACUGUGUUUGUAUCAAUGCUGCUUUGAUUACAUUUUGUGAUAUAACAAGCUUAUAUAAUUGUUUUGACUACUUUUAUGUUUUUUUUAACUAUUUAUUAUUUUACAUAUUUUGGUGAUUAUUAAUGAUGUUAAUGAUGUGCAAGAUGUACCUAUUCAUUUAUGCUUUCCGACUCUUAAUAUGGUUUCCAGCAAAAAGAGUAAAACAAAACAACAGUCUAAAAUAAAACUGUGUUCUGCCUCUUUCAUUAGGGACUUUUCUAUUGACCUUUUGCAGUUAUGUGUUCUUAGCCAUCACAGUUUUGUUUCAUUUGUAUUUUGAGUCUGUAAGAAACAUAAUAUUGUAAUAUAAUAUUAUAAUAGUAAUGAUAGUAUAGACUCACAUGAGGAACACUGGCCAUGAAAGGAGCUCUCUCCAGCAUGACUGGCUUUGUGUAUGUGAUUCUUUGUGACUCACCAUAUAUGAAGCUUUUUGUAUUUGGAGGUUUUACCUCCAGGUGUUUUCUAUGGCUUGUCUAUUUAUUUCAGCAUGGACAAGGCUUGUUUUCAGUGAUUUCCUAAUGUUUGCUCUCCCUCUCUUUACUUUUGCUUAUUGCAGAUUUUUUUAAUCCAUGUCUUAUUUCCAGCAUUUAAGUUUCUCUUCGCUCUUCGAGUUGUAAGUGUGGGUCGUUUUGUAAAUGGCCCUUGUCUCAACAACACUUUGGAAUGUAGCUACAAUCUAGACCACUUUGCUGAUUUAUGAUACUCCCAAGUAAUGUGAAGGUCUGGCAUUCCCUCCAAGUACGAUUAUAUUAAACAGAGGUUAAGCUCUCAUUUUGCCACUCCCCAAAACAUCUCCUGGUGGGGAUACUGUAUGAUACGUUUGUAAUAUGGCCCAGCAAAUCAUUAUAGAAUGCUUUGGGUUUGUAGCCUCCAGUUAUAGAAGUUCUAGUGAUAGUAAUAUAGAUAUUUACC